UAACGAUUCCUAACAGAAGAAGUAAAGAUAACCAAACAUGGAAAAGUACGUGCUAAGCGACCUUAUUGGAGAAGGUUCAUUCGGAAAGGUUUAUAAGGCAGUGGAAAAAUCUUCAGCAACCACCGUUGCCAUCAAAAUAAUAAACAAGCGUGGUCGUUCUGGACGUGAAUUGAAAGGCUUGAGAGGAGAAUGUGAAAUUCAGCGAAACCUGAAACACCCAAACAUCAUUCGUAUGUUGAACUCGUUCGAAACCAAUAACGAAAUCAUAGUCGUUACGGAAUACGCUAAAACAGAUUUACACAGUUUGCUUCGCGAUGGAUCGUUAGAAGAACCGAGGACGCAGCGUAUCACCUUUAAUCUGGUAUCUGCACUAUACUAUCUUCACUCCCAUCGGAUACUGCAUAGGGAUCUAAAACCACAAAAUAUAUUGCUGGACCGAAACAUGUGUGCAAAGUUGUGCGAUUUUGGAUUUGCACGCAAUAUGACAAUGGGAACCCAUGUUCUGACUUCGAUUAAAGGAACACCGCUUUAUAUGGCCCCAGAGCUGCUGGAAGCGAAACCGUAUGAUCAUCACGCCGAUCUAUGGUCGUUGGGAUGCAUUAUCUAUGAAAUGCUGGCCGGUGAACCACCAUUCAGUUCUACGUCAAUGAUACAUUUAGUUCGUCUAAUUCGUCAUCAGUACAUCAAAUGGCCUAGCUUCCUAACAAGCAAUUGUAUUUCAUUCGUUCAAGGUUUACUUGAGCGUGAUCCUGCGAAGCGCAUAAAUUGGGACAGAAUUCUAAAUCAUCCAUUCGUAAAAGGACACAUCGUAAUGGUAGAAGAAAAUGUUUCUCAGUCUCCCUUUACGCAUCCAUUUACCGGUUCGCGAUCGCAAGAACAAAAACACCAAUCUCCAAACCACAAUGCACGUCAAAAUGCAUCCGGCGAAGAAGAUCUGUCAACAUCGAAGGAUAGCAUUAAUGUAAUGUUGCAGAGUGAUAUAGAUUAUCAAGAAACAGAUACGGAUGAAUUUAUGAAUAAUACUACGGCAGAUAAUGAUUCCUUAACAAACGGGAAAAAUAUUGUCGUCCAGCAGCAGACAAACAAUUUUUACGACACAGGUGCAAAUGCACACCAAACAAAGAUUGUACAAUUUCUUGAAAAUCCUAAUCUCGUUGUCAAUCGUUUUAAUGACAAUUUUCCUAUUCUACCACUGCAACGAACUAUACCAUCAGUCCAAAGCGCGGGUCUCAUUAGUGAUGUCUUAGAACUUCAAGCUUCAAAGGAGUACACAAUGCAAGGACGUAUUGGAUCGCAAGAGCUAGAAAGACGAAAAUUGAGCCAAAGCAUUGAUAACUUUUCAAUACGUAUCGAAUCAGAGAUGAAUUCAGUUAAUCGAAAUCCAUCCGCGGUUAAGAUGUCCGGUUCAUCCAUUGCCGCAAAAGAACUUCAAAAUGAUAAAGGGAUCGAUAAAAUCACACCUAGCUUGCUGCCAGGCUGGGACUCUUGUGACGAAUCUCAAAAUCCUCCAAUUGAAAAUGAGGAAUGGCUUGCGUUUCUACAACGAUCGAUACAAGAAGUACUGGAUGGUGAAUUAGAAUCAUUGAAACAACAAAACUUUGUAUGCAUUAUCGUUGCUCCUUUACGCAAUCGACGAGCAAGUGCCAAGGUGGUGGAGAAUGUUGCUCAUUUGCUUAGCCUGCCGUUAGCAAUCAGCACACCACCAUCCAUUCUGAGAGACAUAAUUAACGUUUACGGCGAAUUGAAGCUUGUGCCUAAUUUAGUGUACGCUUCAAAACUGUUAUGCAACACGCGGUUUAGCGAGGAUUCUUCAACAAAUGAAAGUCAGCCAGGAAUGAGUGGCAAUCAAUCGAUUUGCUCGGUGCGUCAAGUUUCUACAUUAGACAAUGAUGAGAUAAAAACGCUCAUAGCAGUUUAUGACCUGAUUUGCUAUCUCAUUCAUAUGGGAGACAUAUUUUUGAAUCAAUUUUGUGACGCAAUAGAAAUUCUGGGUGCAAAAGAGUUGUUUGUGAAUUUUAUUGCCGCAGCACAUGUUAGCAAUGAAUACGUUCAGCUAGUUUGUUCAUUACUAGCACUUCUCAACUGUGCCUUACGAGAGCUUCCAGAAAAUGCAGAGAUAAUCGAGCAGAUAGUAUUUCAUGAGAACGUAAAUAUAAUGUUGCUGUUAAAGCAUGAUAACGCGUUCCUUCGACUUCGUACUUGUAUGUUACUUCGCAUAUUGGCCAGAUUCAGCUGCUUAGCUCUGCAAAAACGGUGGGCAAAUGAAAUUAAAGAUUAUCUGGAAGAACUACUUUUGGACGACGACCCGGAUGUACAAAAGGAAGCAAAGAGUGCAAUGGAAGAAUUUAAAUAUAUCAGCUGUGUUACUGCUGAGACAUGCUGACCGACACUU